AUGAGGUUGAACCAGCUAUUUAUCCUUGGCCUUUUCAAGGUUGGCUUCUUAGCCACCAUUGGAACUGCCGCAUCAGUCCCGAGGAAUGGAAACUCCCUCGAAGGGCCUUCGUUUAGCCCUCCUCCAAAUGUCGACAGUGACAAACAUGUCAUUAAAUGCAACUAUCCCGCGAUGAAAGGUUGGGCCCCUGACGGAAAUAGUAAAAAGGGUUGGUUAAAAUGGGUUGGUAGUGGACCAGCACCAGCUCCUGGGGCCUACAACAUUUCAACCGAUUAUGAGAAGGUAUACCCAGAAGGAGUGGUCCGGAAGUAUAAUUUGGUGGUUGACGAGGGUACUGUCAACCUGGAUGGAGUGCCGUCCGAUCAAGCGAUGCUCUAUAAUGGCCAAUACCCUGGCCCUUGGCUUCAGGCGUGCUGGGGUGAUAUUAUUGAAAUCACUGUUACCAAUAAACUCAAGUACAACGGAACAACGCUUCAUUGCCAUGGCCUUCGAAUGUUCGAUAAUCUCCUUAUGGACGGUGUGCCUGGCAUUACACAAUGUCCAAUCGCCCCAGAAGAUACAUUCACAUACAGAUUUAGAGCUACGCAGUAUGGGUCGACCUGGUACCACAGCCACUACUCCUUGCAGUAUUCGAACGGCUUAGUUGGCCCAUUGACUAUCCAUGGUCCUUCAAGCGCAGAAUAUGACGCCUCAAUCGACCCUCUUAUCUUGGGCGACCAUAUCCAUAGGAGUGCUUUCCAGGAUUACUACAAGGUACAGACUAGAGUACCUCCGGAAAUGGAUAGCCAGCUUUUGAAUGGAAUUGGAAACUAUAACAAGGACCCCAAGCGCAAACCAUAUAGCACACUUGUGAACGCAGGCAAAAAAUAUCUGAUGAGACUGAUUAAUACCUCAACCGAUACCACGUUCAUAUUUUCCAUUGAUAAUCACAACUUCACCAUUGUUGGUGCCGACCUUGUUCCAUUAGAGCCUUACAGUACUUCAAGCAUUCUGAUUGGAAUUGGUCAACGUUACCAUGUCAUCCUCGACACUCUUCCUGAGGCGAAGGACGGGGAUUCAUACUGGAUUCGUAUGACUCCUGCAGGAGGCGGAUGCAGCAGAUUCCCAAAAGACCGUCAGCCUGAUGAAAAGAUGGGAGCACUAUACUACGGGAAGAAAACGCAAGCGCUGCCUACGUCUCAAGGUGGCGGAUAUGACACCAGUUGCCGUGAUGAACCGUUUGAGCGGUUAAAGCCAAUCCAACGAUGGACUGUGCCAGACCCAGGAUUGGUGUCAGACUUGGUAUCGAAAACCCAGAAAGUCGGCAUUAACGUGUGGAAUCCUCCGGGCCGUCCUGCGAAUGCUCCCAAGAUUGCAAACUGGGGAGUUGGGCCUAUGCCAAUGUGGCUAAACUAUUCGAAACCAAUAGUGAAACACAUGAACGAAGAAAAAUAUCCCGAGACUUGGGUUGUUUAUUCUGCGAACGAUUACACUAACGACCAGUGGGUUUAUCUUGUCGUUACGGGACAAGAAGAUCUAAACCAGCUAGAUAGAACACAGGCUCCGAAUGCUCACCCGCUGCAUUUCCACGGCCACGAUUUUGCCAUCCUGCAGCAAUCUUAUGAACCAUUCAGCAAUGCCACGUUAAACAUGAACCUCGAUAACCCACCUCGUCGAGAUGUCGUCUUGCUUCCUAGCCACGGCUUUGUUGUCAUUGCAUUCAAGGCGGAUAAUCCUGGCUCAUGGCUCAUGCAUUGCCAUAUAGCCUGGCACGCUUCAGCUGGCCUUGCCCUCCAGGUGCUAGAAGACAAGACUGACGUCGUUAGAUACCUUGAUUCUCACCCGGAGGACAUGAAUGAGAUGCGUCGGGUGUGCGGCAAUUGGGAUAAAUGGUACGGCAAUCCCGACAACCACUAUCCGUCCGACUUCUUCCAGGAAGAUUCAGGCGUUUAA